AUGCAGCCCAGAGAAGCUGGAUCCCAGGAGGAUGUGACCUACCUUAUUCUCCUGUCCCUCACGGAGGCGCUCACUGGCGGGCUGCUGGGGAAUGGAAUGACCCUCUGGCUUCUCAGCGCCAACGUCUGCAGAAACCCCUUCGCCAUCUACCUGCUGGACGCGGCCUGCGCCGACCUCAUCUUUCUUGGCUGCCACAUGGUGGCUGUGGUCCCCGUGCUGCUCGGCCAGCUGGCCUUCCCAGGCUUUGUGUGGGCCAGCCUGGCCACGCUGCGGUUCUUCUGCUACACAGUGGGCCGGGGCCUGCUGGCGGCCGUCAGGGUGGAGCAGUGCCUGGCCACCCUCUUCCCGGCCUGGUACCCGUGCUGCCACCCACGCCACCUGAACAUCUGCAUGUGCGCGCUCACCUGGGCCCUCUGUCUGUCGCACCUUUUGCUCAGCGGAGCCCGCACGCACGUGUUCAGGGAACCCAGCCGCCAGCCGUGCAGGACGCUGUGGCUGGUGGCAGCGGCCCUGGAGGCUGCCCUGAGCUGUGCCUUGUGCGGGGCCAGCCUGCUACUGCUGCUGCGUGUGGAGUGGGGCGCCCGGCCCCCGCCAGGGCUUCUCUGCCCUGAUGCCCUUGGCCGUCUGCUCUUCCUCUUCUGUGGCCUGCCCUUCGGCAUCUACUGACUGUCCUGGAACCUGCACUGGCACAUACCUCACCACUUCUAUCAUCUCAGCUUCCUUGUGGCCACCGUGCACGGUGCCGCCAAGCCCCUCAUCUACUUCCGCCUGGGCAGCGCCCGGGGCCGCAGGCUGCGGGAGUCCCUCCGGCUGGUCCUGCAGCAGGCGCUGGGGAACAAGGCCCAGCUGGCGGCCGGAAGGGAGGCCUCCUGCCGGGGCCUGGUGGACAUAGCGACCUAG